UAUCAUCACUUUGUGAUUUAUCAUCUCUCCAAUGAACUGGAAUCAAGAAACAAAAAAUAGACUGAACGAAAAAGUAGCACAAAAUGUACAAGAUGUGGGGUCACUCGUGAGACAUGUAGUUAAAACAUCUCGAUCCAGUGAGCUGUUGGCACAAGCUGCGAAGAAUUUUUCAUGUCAAGAGAAUGUCAUUCACAAUUCAUCAGAGUCAUUAAAGAAGAUGGUAACAAUUAAAACUCAGCUGGAGUAUCAAGAAUCUGCAAUAGAGAGAAGCAUGAGCACUCUGUCAGACAUACAAGAACAGCUGAAUUCCAUCAACAGAUGACGACCGCUUCUCAUUAGUCUGACUUGGACAGAAGGAUCUACUCUUAAAGACAAAAUGAUGUACAAGUGUUCACACACCCAUGGCACCUUCAUGAAGAGGACCUGUUUUCAUUGUUAUUGAAUCAUUCAGAUCUUACACAGACUAUGAACUGAAGCUGAAGAUUCAUUGUCCAUUAGAAUUGUUGUAAUAUAUCACAUGUGUGUUUAUUAAAGUUUUCCAAUAUUGUUA